ACAUCGCAGCGGACUGCCAAUAAUAAAAGUGUGUGAUAUGCGCGAACAAAGUGAAAACUCAUUUCAAACCAAAGAAUAAUCAAAUAUAUAAUUAAGCUUAGUGAAUAUAUCAACCAGCGAGCUGCAGCACUCUGUACUUACACAACCGAAACAUCCUGCAAUUAGAGCCCAAGUGAGAAUAUUGGCUAGUGUUUGAUAUGACCAGAUUAGGAUUCGUGUCCAUCCAGCUGCUCCUGUUGUUAUGGAGUUGCCUUGGGGCUCUGUCUCAGGCGAAAUCCCUCAUCGACCAUCGCAUUGAUAAUGAGAAUGCCAUUGCCAAGGAUGUGGAAGCGUAUAAUUUUGAAAGUUGUCAAAUCUACUGCUAUGGCGAGCUUUUGGAGACCAUUCAAAUGGCCAAACUGUUCGACGACUCAAAGACAUUUGUGGACAUGAAACUGAAGCAGACGCCGGCCAAGACGAUCGAGAACUUUGAGCUGUUGAUGGAGGCCAAGAACAGGACACCCAGCCGCGAGGAUCUGCAGCAGUUUGUGGAUGAAUACUUCAGUCCAAAGGGCACGGAACUGGAAGUGUGGACACCGACAGACUGGAAGGCGAAUCCCAGCUUUCUUGAUCUGAUCACCGAUCCAGACCUGAAGCAGUGGGGCCAGGAGCUGAACAAUAUCUGGAAGGAUCUGGGACGCAAGAUGAUCGACGAUGUGGGAAAGAAUCCUGAGUACUACUCGAUCAUCCCAGUGCCGAAUCCAGUGAUCAUUCCGGGCGGCCGCUUCAUCGAGUUCUACUACUGGGACUCGUACUGGAUCAUCCGCGGACUGUUGUACAGCGAGAUGCAGGACACAGCGCGUGGCAUGAUCGAGAACUUCAUGUCCAUUGUGCAGAGGAUCGGCUUCAUUCCGAAUGGCGGACGUGUCUACUAUUGGGGCCGCUCCCAGCCACCGCUGUUGACCGGCAUGGUCAAGUCCUACGUGGACUUCACCAGGGACGAUCUAUUCGCCAUCAAUGCCCUGGAUGUGCUCGAGCACGAGUUCGAGUACUUCGUGAACAAUCACUCGGUGCAGGUCAAGGGUCACAAUCUGGCCGUCUACCGCGACUCGUCGACCGGUCCGCGGCCCGAGUCCUACCGCGAGGAUGUGGAGACAGCAGAGAACUUUGACACGCCCGAGGCCAAGGAGGAUCACUACAGCGAACUCAAGUCUGCCGCCGAGUCGGGAAUGGACUUCAGCUCGCGUUGGUUCAUCAAUGAGAAUGGCACCAAUGUCGGAACUCUGAGCAACCUGAGGACACGCUCCAUAGUGCCCGUGGACCUGAACGCCUUCCUCUACUGGAACGCCAAGCUGAUAGCCGAAUUUCACGCAAAGGCCGGCAACGUGGACAAGAUGACGGAGUACGAGAAGAAGGCCCAGACGCUGCUGCAGGGCAUCCAGGAGGUGCUGUGGAACGAGGAGGCUGGCUGCUGGCUGGACUACGACAUGAUCAAUGAGAAGCCACGCGACUACUUUGUGCCCACCAACCUGGCGCCCCUGUUUGUGAAGGCGUACAACAUUUCCGAUACGGAGAAGAUCUCCGCCUCGGUGCUGAGCUACAUUGAGAAGAACAAACUGGACACAUUCCCGGGCGGAGUGCCCAACACGCUCUACCAAACCGGCGAGCAGUGGGACUUCCCCAAUGUGUGGGCGCCCAUGCAGUAUAUUGUGGUCGAGGGACUGGCCAAUCUGAACACACCCGCUGCCAAGGAGCUCUCCAAGAAGUGGGCCCUGCGCUGGGUCAAAUCGAACUUCAAGGCAUACACCGAAAGCUUCCACAUGUACGAGAAGUACAAUGCUGAGGAGUAUGGCGGCCAUGGCGGUGGCGGUGAAUACGGAGUCCAGACGGGAUUCGGUUGGUCCAAUGGUGUGAUCAUUGAGUGGCUCAGCAAGCACGGACGUGAGCUCUCUGAGGGCUAUGUCGGCGGUGGAGCAGCCACCACCUCUCGCCUGAUCAGUGUUGUGGGCGUGGCAGCUGUAACCAUAGUGGCUCUGAUAGCAGGUCGCGUUCUAUGGAAAAGUUGGUUUAAGUAAUCGAAGUGUGCGCAUCCUCUGUUUUUAAUUUUUAUAUUUGCUUUGAGUUUAAUUAAAUAAUGAAAACUUAUCCACGACAAAAGCUAAAUGUAGAGCACAAAGGAUUACAUACAUACAUCUAUACAUCUAUCUGGCAUCGGCGAACGAACAGAAAGCGGAUGGAUAUGCCUUGGAAAGGUUGGACCACGUAUAAUAGUAAUCGUAAUGGUAAUCAUAAUAUCGGAGCACAAACAAAGAGCAAUAAGCUCCAAAAGAAUAUAUAUGAACCAACUUAAUAGUAAUCAUAGUUCCCCGCAUACUCGUAAACAAUACACAAUAAAUAUAGGCUUGGAGCCCAGCUCAUCUCACAAUCGCUUCGCCUAGUUGGACUGCUGCUGCUGCUGCUGACUCUGGCUGUGGUUAUGGUUCUGAUGCUGCUGCGGCGGCUGCCCCUGACUGAAGUAGGGAGCGGUGUUUGGCGUGAGCAAUGUGUGACAUAUAUCACAGACUCGGGCGACCCGUUUCCGUGGUCCCGAUGGCACCGUUUUCGUUAGACAUUUAUCGCAGUAUAUGUGGCCGCAGUGCCGGCAGUGGAUUUUCCGCACCAUCACCGUAAAGCCGGCACUGCACGUGGGGCAGUUGUUCACGUCAUCGUCAUCCUGCCAGCGCACCUCCGUAUCGGCAUGCCGCAGCUCCUCCAACGACAUCUAUUGAUUUAUUGUAUUUUUUGUAAGUGAAUAAACGUACGUUGUUUUUUUUUUUACAUGGAAA